CGUAGUGACAUGAAAGCUUUUAUCUCCAAUUUAUGCCCCUUCUGAAAUUUCUCCAGCAAAGCCAGUUCAUCAGUUCACAGGUUUAAACCUCUCUUCACAUAGUUGCCAUUGUGUUGCUAUGAGAACCUGGAGUUAAUUACUAUGAUUUACUGAUGAUUAGAGAGCUGAACAGAGAUUUUGUCAUUACGUUACCACACACUGCCAGAACCAGACCGUGGUUUCCAGGGAAACUGGAAAUGUGAAGCUUUUCAAUAGACACAGCCACAGCUUAAAGAGCGAGGAUUGCCUAAGAUAGAUUCUUCUAGAGACGAACCUGUAGCCACUGCAAUCACUAUCAAUCAACAGGGGAGAUAUACGGACAGAUGUGGGUCCCGAUCAACAAGGAGAUUUGCUACGUUUGACCCAAAUUUGGGAGAGUUAUGGGGAGACUUCAGUCUGACUUAGACUGCUGAGGUAUUCCACCACUUUAUGCAGAGACAAAAUGGGAAGUCUUAAGGAUGAGAUGCGAGGUUUAAGAGAGGACCACAAGCCUUGUGAGAAGGCAGAAGAUGGACAGCAUCCAUGUGGUUCAGAUGGCGACGCUGUGCAAGAGGAACCUCAGAUUAACACAAGCCAAGAGUCAACAAGUCAAGAGGACUGCGAGUCUAAACCUAACAUAAAUGCCAGCUACAAUGGGGAGAGAGACAAGAGUCCGAUAACCAAAGAUCAAGAGCUUUCAGGAGGGGUUUGUGACAAUGCAGGCCGAUCAGACUCUAUAGGAGUUAAAGACUCUGAAAAGACUAAUGAACCAACAGCAGCUGCACACAACGACAUGACAAUCUCUAACAAGUUUCUAAGUGAUAGAGAUGAAGAUGGUGAAAUUCAGGUGGAAAAGGAUAAAAUCAAAGCUCAUGACAGAGAAAAAGAGCCAGAAAUUGAGAAUAUUUUGGUGCCUGUACCAGCGACUCCAGGCCCCUCAGAUCCAUGGUCCCCAGCUCCUGCUGGCCAGCAUCACAUGCGCACACAGGUCAGCCUGGAGGUGGUCCAGUGUUGCUCCGCAGCCACCAGCCCCAUGACGCCUCCUGAGGGUGGCCAUUCCUUCUUCUUCCCAAGCUCUUUUGGGAGAUCCGGAUCUGUGGGUACUGGCACUAAAGAUGCUGAGCUACAGGUGGGACAGCAGGUGGAGUUCUGCUCUGUUGCCACAUCCCCCAUGACUCCAAAGACGCCAUCCACCACCGCUUUCCCAGAACUUAUCGGGACAGAGUCGUGGCAGAAGGUGAAAAAGAGUGAGGGGCAGAGGGAGAGUGGCCAACAAGAUAGUUUCCCUGUGACAAAAAGUCCAGCAGAGGCUGAAUCAGAGAUAUCCAGAGCUUUGAAAUUUACCACAUCAAAGGAGUCGACUGAAGACUUCAGCUCGAAUGCAUCUCCAGAGAUCUCUGCCAGCUGCCAGCUAAGAGAUUCACAAGUAACUCAGAAGGAUAGUAAUCAGCAAUGUAAACAGCCGAGGAUGGGAAGUAUGGAUCAAGACAUUACAAUCCUGGUGACUCACUAUGACAACAAUGAGGAGAAAGAAGAAGAGACAACUAUUUAUCUGAUAGAGCCAGACAUGGUCAAAAUAGAUGAACAUGAGGAGCUCAGAGAGAGCAACGGUGACGUAAAGAGGGAGAAUAGAAAUGGAAACAUCUCCACAGAAACAGCUGCUCCAGAGCACACACAGGACACCUCAGACAAAGCUGUUUGUGAUGAAGCAAAAACAGACAUGAAAUGUGAAAAGUCAGAGGUCAAAGACAACCAAGGUGCACAUGAACAGCUCAGAGACGUUUCCAUGACAAAGCCCUCUUACCCUGAAUCUCCAGCUCCCUUCGGCUGCCACAACAUCCGCACACAGGUGAGCCUUGAGGUGGUGCAGUGUCAGUCUGCGGCUACCAGCCCCAUGACCCCUCCUGAGGGGGACCAAGCCUUCUAUUUCCCUAGCUCCUUUGGGACAUGUGCAGCUGUGGGUACAGAGACUAAAGAUGCUGAGCUGCAGGUGGGUCAGCAGGUGGAGUUUCGCUCUGUCGCUACAGCACCUAUGACCCCAAGAACACCCACCACCACAACCUUUCCUGAGAUCAGGAAGGAAGCCAGCACUGAGGAGAAGAUAGUGGAGGAAGAGGAGGAUAAAAAGGAGCAGGAGGUGGAGAACAAAGAAGAAGUUGUUAAAGAGGAGGAGGAAGUAACCAAAGAGAAAAAGGUGGAAGCAGCUAAAGAGGAUACAAAGGAGGACGGAAGAAAUUGUAAGGAGAAAAGUGAGGAGCCAGUGCAGGAAGUGAGCUGGGAUGAAAAGGGGAUGACGUGGGAGGUGUAUGGGGCUGUGGUGGAGGUGACAGUGCUGGGCUCAGCCAUCCAGAAACACCUGGAGAAACAGGUGAAGAAGAGGCAGCCCUCCAUGCCUCCUCCUCCUCCGCUCAACCCCUCAGCCAUGCCCCUCUCUUCAGAGUCUACCCGAGGGGGUUCAGGUAAAAGCCGGGUGGGGAAGAGGGGAGAGCAAGAUGGGGAGGUGACCCGACGCAGAAGAAACCCCUUCCGUCUCAUGAUGGAGAACAUACAGCAGCCACACUGUUGCUCCAAAGCUCAUACGACAGAGUGACUUAAAAAAAAAAGAAAGAAAACAACAACAGCUGGUUGGAGAAAAGAAAACCUGUGCUGGAAAAUCGCAUGACAUCUGGUAUGCGUGGCUGUGAUACAGUGCAUUCAGUGACUUCCUUCAAAGUGGCACUGUCUCGAGAAGCAAAUCACCUCCUCACACGAGACAAAAAGCACAAGAGCGUUUAAUAUACAAUUUCUAUCAUGGAGCAUUGAUCACUAAGAAUUAGCCAUACAAGAUUUUUUGUUUUUUUAUUGUUGUUGUUUUUUUUAGGUUUGGAAAAAUGAGCCUGAUAUAUCAAUGUCAUCAUGAGCUCUUCUCUAAUGUUUUUCACCCAGGCCAUUCAAUUGUCCAUGAGUCAUUUUAGCUGUUGAAGCUUUUUUUAUGCAUCUCAGGCAAUAUGAAGCCAUGGCAAUCCUUCUCUCUGCUGCUGAACGCAGCUUCAGUUGAGAGGAAUGAUAGCAGAGUGACAUUUUUCGAGUGUGAUUUUGACCUCAUGGUCAGUCACUACACCCUGGAGGUCAUUUUUUGAAUGUAUGGAAGUUAAAAUUGGUCUAAAUGUUGCCUUGGUCUUCGUUUGAGAGGAGUCCUUAUCACGAGGGCAGGCUUUUUUUAUGGCUUAUAUUCUGCUUUUAGAUUUGGCACAAUGUUUUGACUUGUUUGUAUUGUGAAAAGUAUAAAGCUGUACCAAUGAUGAGCACAAUCAUGAUUAUUUGAGAAAAGUAAUAACUCAUGAGAUGAGGGUAUUUUUAAUCAUUGCUUCUUAGUGUAUUUUAAUGCCAUGAUUAAGUGAUUAAGUUGUAAUUAUGUGAUGAAACCUAUUUUGAAUGUGUUUUAAUUCAGCAGUUGUUACAGUGUUAGUGAUGUUGGUGUUCGUACAUUAACUUCAUAAAUGAGGGAUCAAAUCCGCGUUUGGAGAAAUUGAUUUUAUUUGCAGAUUGCACUUGUGAUACAUUCAUUUAGAUGUCAGUAAACAAUUUUUUGAAAACUCUUCAAUCUGCUGCUUAUAGAAAGUUACACUGCAUGAGGUUUUAUUUCAGCAACAAGUAUCAACAAGAUUCUCAAAUUCAAAGGAAACACUGACAAAUUAAUCAUUCAUAACCUUUUGGCUGAUGUGCAGUCAUAAAUGAAGAUUUCAUUCAUGCCUUGACAUUAUGCAACAUUUUUGUUUUUCUCUUGUUUCUUUCUAGUAGCAUCAGCUGCAACAAAGAUUAGCAUUGUGUGUUGAUAUGACUUACAAUAGUUUAUUCAAAGCAACCUAAACAGUUUUUAAACCGCCGCUUAAUAUAUUAACAAAAAUAAAGCGAUUCAAGUGUGCAACAAA